UUUACCUCCUGCAUUUCAAGCACUCCACAAAGCUUGGCGCGAUCUUCUAUUUCGCAAAAGGAAAAGAUACCAAGUAUUAAAACAUGAGGUUAAAGGGCGGUCUAGAUGGGAAGAGUUUGAAGAAUUGCUUUCAAAUUCAGUAGCUCUGUUGGAAACAAGUGGAAGGCUGAUAUGAAGUUUAAGGCAUUUUUGACCGAGCAUGGAGUGGGCCUCUUAGAAAAGAGGUUUCUACCUGCCUUAGACAAAAUGGGCAAGAUAUGCCACUUAUUUCUUACCCGAGACCAUGCUAUCUUUCUUCACAACCUUCUAAACGGCGAUGGGGUUCAGUGCAUUGCACAGUUUCGCAAGCAAGCUCUCUUUGAUGACUAUCGCAUCUCGAGUCAGAACGAGGACCGCAUUGCUUUUGCGAUUGAUGUAUCCCUUUUGCUUCGUGCUGUUCGGAGUAGUGUAAGCAUUUGUACUGAAUUUGGUAACGGACCUACUGCCAACCGUCUCCAAAUUAAGUUGGUCAAGAAGUUGCCCCUCAAUUGUACUCAGCCGAUGCCUUUUCUUACCUUUGAAACCAAGGGUUAUAAGUCUGCUGUCGUUCAGGAUGUACCAAUAUCGAAACCUUUGUCUAGGGCUGAAGUGCUUGAGCUUCAAACUGCACUUGAUCUGGCACAAGAUCUACCCCCGACUCUGGUUCAAGUUCCAGACUUGAGUCAUUUACAGAACUUUGUGGAACGGAUGAAGCAUGUUGGGGAUUUGUUGAAUGUCUCUAUAAGCAAGUAUGGAGAUCUACAUGUGCAAAUCUCAACGACUUUGAUCACGCUCGGUGCCGAGUUUCGUAAAUUGUUGGUUAUUGGAGAACAAGCUGAAGCUCCUUCUGAUGAUAGGAAUCUGAGUGCUCAGACUCGGUCAGAGAGGGCAAUUUCGAGGGGAGACGCACAGCGUGUUCAAGUGAGUGUAAAGCACUUUUCUAGGAGCCUCCAGUGUCACCUGGCAAAGCCGGACUGUACUUUUUACGGGAUUGCAUUGCAGGGCUCUUGUCUGACCGUGAUAUUUCAGUUCUUCAUUCCUGGUACGCAUCAAACUGAUAAAUCAAUCAGUCUACAUUGUAGGCUUCCUGUGCUUGACCCAGGGUCAAAUUGAAACUUAAUCAAUUUGCCAU